AUGUCCAUUGCAAGGCACUACGAAGCGAUCUCAAAAGCAAUUGAUGCAAACACAAAGGUCUACAUUGAUCGACUACGUGAAGCGGUCGCAAUUCAAAGUGUAUCAGCUGAACCGGAACAUCGGCAGGAUGUCGUCAAAAUGCUUGAAUGGGCCAAAAAGAAAUUAGAGUCACUCGGCGCAACUGCAGAAUGCGUUCCACUCGGAACGCAGAAGCUACCGAAUGGUAAAAUCAUAAAAUUACCGCCGGCAUUGUUUGCGAACUUGGGUGCUGACCCUAACAAAAAGACUUUGCUCGUUUAUGGACAUUUGGAUGUACAACCGGCCAAAAAAGAAGAUGGAUGGCAUACUGAACCGUUUGAACUGCACGAAAAGAAUGGCAAGUUGUAUGGGCGUGGAUCAACAGAUGAUAAAGGACCAAUAUUGGGUUGGAUAAACGCAAUUGAAACAUUCCAACACUGCAAAAUUAAUAUUCCUGUCAAUAUAAAAUUUUGCUUGGAAGGCAUGGAGGAGAGUGGAUCGUUAGGCUUGGAAGAAGCUUUAAGAGAACGUAAGGAUACGUGGCUGGCUGACGUAGAUUUCACGUGCAUAUCCGAUAAUUACUGGCUUGGCACUAAGAAACCUUGCAUCACCUACGGACUGAGAGGCGUGAGCUACUUUAGCAUCGAAGUGAUUGGUUGCAAGCAAGACGUUCAUUCAGGAACAUUCGGCGGAAGUGUCUAUGAACCACUCGCGGAUGUGAUGUGGAUGUUGUCACAAUUGACAGAUCUUGAUGGUACCAUUCGUAUUGAUGGCCUUUAUGACCUUGUCAGCAAAGUCACUGUAGAGGAGAGGAAACUUUAUGAGUCUAUCGAUUUCGAUGAGGAAGAAUACAGAAUGACGAUUGGUGCAAAGCAACUGAAUCGUCAUUCGAAGUCUGAACUCCUUAUGAAUAUGUGGCGCUAUCCAUCGCUUUCUAUUCAUGGUGUGGAAGGUGCAUUCGAUGGACAAGGUGCGAAAACGAUUAUUCCAGCAAAGUGCACUGGUAAAUUCAGUAUUCGACUAGUUCCGAAUAUGGAUGGUGAGACGGUCGAGAAGCUUGUGCUUGGAUACUUGGACAAACUAUGGGAACAACGAGGAUCACCCAACCAAUACAGGGCUUAUCAAAACCAUACCGGCAGAUAUUGGUUAACCGAUUUCAAGCAUCCUCAUUAUCAGUGCGGGGCUCGUGCAAUCAAAAGAGUGUUUGGUGUUGACCCGGAUUAUACUCGUGAAGGAUGUAGUAUUCCAAUAACGCUCACAUUCGAAGAGUUGACUGGCAAUAAUGUGAUGCUUCUACCGAUCGGCGCUGGAGAUGAUAUGGCGCAUUCACAGAACGAGAAAAUGAAUGUGAGGAACUACAUCAUGGGUGCGAAGCUACUCGCCGCAUAUCUUCUCGAACUCUCAUCAAUGUGA